GUCACAAUAAGCAAUCACAACUCCCGAACCCAGUUCGCUCUACAACAUCACUCUCCUUUCAAAAUGGCCAUCAAACCAAUUACCGGAAUGCUCCGCAGGGGCCUCGUCCUCGACCUCAGUAUCGCCUUCGGUAUUGGAGGUGCUACCGGAUACGCUUUCUGGUACGGCUACCACAUGCCAAUCGUCCACAGGCGCGAUGCAUACUACGCCAAGCUCGAGGAGAAGAGAGUCGCCAACCAGAUCCAAUAAGUCAAAGAUUGCGGAUUCCAUGUUCGAUUGGGAAAGCAAAGGGAGGAUUCAUUGGAAUAUAGGAUGGGAUAGGGCUGGUGGAAUAGAAGGUGGUUGAAGAUACUCGAUGGUGCCCUUGAAGGGUCGAACUGUACAAAACGCCAAGCGGUCCUGAAUAGAACAUCAACUCAGUAAUCUUUGUUAU